CACGCUACAACAGAAAGUGGACGCGGUCGUCGACAGACUACCUGUCAGUCAGCUCUGUGCUGUCUUCAUCUUUGAUGACAAACAAGCUACAGCAAACGGCGAGGGUCUUGAAGAAGUACCAACGGUGACAUUCUUUAACCUCAAGCCACAAGUCAAAGCAAUACUGGAUCCUGUGGGACGACUGGAAAACAGUACCCUCUUCCAAAUCAUUUGGAAGGAGCAGGCAGAGGAGUUGCGCAACAGGAUACAGAAACAAAGAGACGCAGCACCAGAGGAGAUGCCACAUUCGCCCGACACGACAGAGGACCAUCAAAUAGAGCUCUCAAUAGAUCAGGUAGUCACCAACAUUUGCAUGCCAGCCCUUAAGGUGUGGGAGGAGCAACGUGAAAGCAUAGAAACAGGAGAAAUCACCUUAGAGGACGUCGACAAGUAUUUCGGAGGCAUAAUGGGCAGGGAACGAGACUUGCUCCAAGAAAUUACGAAGCUAUCUGACCAUCCCUCGGCCUGUUGGGUAAAGGAGAGAGCAGAACAGAUCAGGCAAUAUCACCUGCUCGGGCAGUACAUCGAGAAGGCCGGUCGUGUCAACGAUGUCAGGCGGACCUAUCAACUGGGAGGAGACUUCAGCUCGGUUGAAACUUUACUGGACUCUAGAAAUGCAUCCUUCAAAAUGCGCCCACUGAGAUCCAUGGAUGACUCUGUCUUCAAUGCUACUUCGAUUCUCGCUGAAUUGACAGAAGCUACUUCAGAUGCUCUCAAUGCCUUCGUCCUGUCAAAACCUUUGGUGGAGUGGAUGCGAAAACACACUAAAGACACAAAAGAACUGAAGGUGUUUGCUGAUCUAGCCAGCAUAUCGGCUGGGGAGACAGACAUUGAGAUCGACAGGGUGAACAUGCUCCUGUCAGCAGGCAUCGGCUACGGGCCUCUGAUCUACGACCUCAAACAAGAUGCUGGAUUUCCUGAAAUGAUGCAGGCUGCCAAAAGGCUCGAGACAUAUCUGACACAGGACCCAAACCUACCAAAGAAAUUGCGCGACAUGAAGAACCAUCUGGCGUGGCUUAAACACGUUCAAGAAUCCCACGGAUCCGUAGAAAAGUCGUCCCUCUCGCAAGCAGAGGCGAUAAAUGCCAGGGGCAUCUACGAGAUCGGCCACAUUACCCAACCAAAGGACUUACAGGAACCACUCGAUGCCGUCGUUACAUUACGACUCAGCCAGGCCGAGGACGACGAUGAUGAUGAUCGGCACUACAGUGUCAGUAACUUAAAGACACUCCAAAGCAAGCUCAUGCUGAUUGCAGGAACUGCCGACAAAGGGAAGGAAGAGGUGGAAAAGUUCGUUGAGGUAUUCAACGGUGUCAUUCGUCUUGGAAACGUGUACCUACGUCUGCGCAGAACUGGCUCCGUGCUCUUUGAUAGGUGGACAUGCAUUCUGUUCUGCGAUCCCCAGAAGAAAGUCAAAGCAAGAAUCGAUUUUGGCUUUGGUUCGUCAACUCUUGCUGGAACAGAAAAAGACCUUGUCACAGAGGUCACCAAUCUCGCAAAGUUCAUGGAGUCAUGUCUGGAAGGCUGGCUUGAAUUCGUCGACUUCAAAAGAGGUGUCCAUCCGGAGCUUAACAACUUCACCACCGAGCAAAUUGUGGUUCUUCGCAGGGAGCUAGCAAACGUUCUAAAUGGCGACGCGGCAUCCUCACAAGCACUUGUGUUGCUAGACAGUAUCAAAACACACUGUUCGGUCAAUGACCUGAAAGAAGCCUUCUCAAUGAUAGACCUCGAUGACGAGAUGGUGGAUGCAAUUGGCGGUGGAUCCUUCGAGGAGAAAAGUGAAGACGACGCCCCUGUCACAGGCGCACUCGAUAGGGAGGCACUCCUGAGAGAACUUCACAAUUUCGUUCCAAGACUUUCAGACGACAUGGCUGAAGCUGCUCUUAAAGUCUCCCAAAGAGGAAACUUCAAUGAGACCCUUGAUGAAGCCAUCGAUUGGUGCAUUAACAACUACAACAAUGACGAGCUGGUUCAAGAGAUCCUUGGACAGAAGGAAGAAACCACAGACGCGAGAGGACAAGAUUUAACAGAAGCAAGUCCAGAACGGUCCGAGGAGCACGAUAAUUCCAGCAGAAACGUUCCAGGGCUUGCCCCACUGACAAACAUGUCCUCCCUGAGUGAACUCACGCGUUGGUUUGUUACGGAAACCAAAGACAGAGAUGAGUGA